GAUGACAUCCACGGCAGAUCAGCUGGCCCGUCAGCAGGACAGGGAACAAGGCAUUGGCACAAACGAGAAAACAGUGAAGUUCUCCCAGCAGGAUUAUGAGACUCUGCGCCAGCAGUGUUUGAAGAGUGGACGCCUGUUUGAGGACAACUGCUUUCCAGCUGAGCCCACAUCACUGGGCUACAAUGAGCUGGGACCAAACUCCUCCAAAACCAAGGGGGUUGUUUGGAAAAGGCCAAAGGAGCUGUGCUCAAACCCAAAGUUCAUUGUUGAUGGAGCCACAAGGAUGGACAUUUGCCAAGGAGCUCUGGGUGACUGUUGGCUUAUGGCUGCAAUAGCCAGUCUGACUCUAGACCAGGAUAUCCUGGCUCGCGUGGUGCCCCAGGAACAGAGUUUUACUAAAGGUUACGCUGGGAUAUUUCACUUCCAGAUCUGGCAGUUUGGUGAGUGGGUGGAUGUGGUAAUCGAUGACCGUUUACCAACGAGAAAUGGAAAGCUGCUGUUCGUUCACUCAGCGGAGGGCUUAGAGUUUUGGAGCGCACUGCUGGAGAAGGCCUACGCCAAGUUGUAUGGCAGCUAUGAGGCCCUGACAGGAGGAUUCCCUACUGAGGGGUUUGAGGAUUUCACAGGAGGGAUUGCAGAAGUAUACACCUUAGACAAAGCUCCACCGAAUCUCUUCCAACUCAUGCAGAAGGCCCUGAGACUGGGUUCACUGCUUGGUUGCUUUAUCAUUCAAAAGACCGAUGCCGAGACAGAGGCAGUUACAGAUCUCAAACUUGUCAAGGGACAUGCAUACUCAGUCACUGGUGCAGAGGAGGUUCAUUUCCAAGGUAAGCCGGUUCAGCUGGUUCGCAUCAGGAACCCAUGGGGUCACAAGGAGUGGACUGGGCCUUGGAGUGAUAAGUCCAGUGAAUGGAACCAUGUCAGCAAAGAUGAGAAAUCAAAGUUGAACCAUGCUGCAGAUGAUGGAGAAUUCUGGAUGUCCUAUUCAGACUUUAUCAAGCAGUUCCCCAGGCUGGAGAUCUGUAACUUGACCCCAGACACGCUCCUGAGUAAUAAAGUGGCCCACUGGAAGCAUUACCAGUAUGAAGGGACAUGGAGGGUGGGCUCUACUGCAGGUGGCUGCCGCAAUUUCUCAGACACAUUCUCGUCCAACCCUCAGUUUGUGGUGCGCCUGGAGGAUUUGGAUGAUGAUCCCCUGGAUGGGAAGGAUGGAUGUACCUUUCUGGUUGGGCUCAUGCAAAAGGAUGGGCGACAGCAGAAGAGGCUCGGCCGCAACCUUGAGUGCAUUGGCUUUUACAUUUAUAAGGUCCCAGAUCAGUACAAAGGCCAACGCAAUGUUCACCUGGGUCCAGAUGUCCUGCUGAGGCAGAGACCUGUGGCCAAGAGCUCCUUCACGAACGCACGGGAAGUGUGCAACCGCUUUAAACUUCCUCCAGGAGAAUAUGUCAUUGUUCCCUCGACCUAUGAGCCUGACAAGAAUGGCAGCUUCCUUCUCAGGGUGUUCUCUGAGAAACAUGCUGCAGCCAGGUAUUGUGUUACAGUAACACAGAGACUGAUUGAUGUCUGCAGGCUAAUGUAG